CACUCUUGGCAGAUCCGCGAAGCAGAAGUUUUUCUGUUCUGAAAUACUGAAAGAGAAACUGAAAAUCUUCACUCUAAAUCCCACAACCACAGAGGGAGGACGUCUAUCCUGCAGGAGGGAAUACACUUCAACCUUCCACUGACUUCAACCUCAACCACCCAGAGAGAAAAUGUCCUCUGGAUUAGAAGAGGAUCUCUCCUGUCCUGUGUGUCGGGACAUCUUUAGAGACCCUGUUGUUCUGUCAUGUAGCCACAGCUUCUGUAGAGACUGUCUGAAGAGAUGGUGGAGAACUAAGCAAGUACAGGAGUGUCCGGUUUGUAAGAGUGCAUCCCAAGGAAAAAACCCACCCCGCAACCUGGUGUUAAAGAACCUGUGUGAGGCCUUCUUACUGGAGAGAGAACAGAGAGCUUCAGCAGGGUCUGAGGCUCUCUGCAGUCUGCACUCUGAGAAACUCAAACUCUUCUGUCUGGACCAUCAGCAGCCAGUUUGUGUCAUCUGCAGAGAUUCAAAGACACACAACAACCACAGAUUCAGACCCAUCGAUGAAGCUGCACAGGAUCACAGAGAGGAGCUCCAGAAAGUCCUGAAGCCCUUUAAAGAGAAACUGAAGAUCUUUGAACAAGUUAAAGGGAACUGUGAUCAAACAGCAGAACACAUUAAGGUCCAGGCCGAACACACAGAGAGGCAGAUUAAGAAGCAGUUUAAGAAGCUUCAUCAGUUACUACAAAAGGAAGAGGAGGCCAGGAUCACUGCUCUGAGGAAGGAAGAGGAGCAGAAGAGUAAGAUGAUGAAGGAGAAGAUUGAGGCUCUGAGCAGAGAGAUAGCAGCUCUUUCAUACACAAUCAGAGCCGCAGAGGAGGAGCUGAGAGCUGAAGACGUCUCAUUCCUGCAGAACUACAAGGCUGCAAUGAAAAGAGCCCAGCAGCGCCUCCUGCUGGAGGAUCCACAGCUGGUCUCAGGAGCUCUGAUAGAUGUGGCCAAACACCUGGGCAACUUGACCUACAACAUCUGGAACAAGAUGAAGGACAUGGUCUCCUACACUGCUGUGAUUCUGGAUCCAAACACUGCCAACCCAAAACUCAUCCUGUCUGAAGAUCUGACCAGUGUGAGCCGUGGAGAGAGACAGAAGCUUCCUGACAAUCCAGAACGGUUUGACCCUCAGAACCUGGUCCUGGGCUCUGAGGGCUUUGACUCAGGGACUCACAGCUGGGAGGUUGAGGUCGGAAACAAUCCAUUCUGGUUUGUGGGUGUUGCCACAGAGUCCCGCCAAAGGAAGGGGAACACAGACCUAAAGUCUGGGUUAUGGUCACUCAUGUUUCGCGGAGGUAAAUAUAUAAAAUCCUCCCCACUACAACCAGCCACUGCUUUUCCAGUGAUGCAGAAGAUCCAGAGGAUCAGAGUUCAUCUGGACUGGAACAAAGGAACUCUGUUGUUCUAUGAUCUUAACACUGAAACAAACAUACACACCUUCACACACACUUUCACUGAGAAGUUGUUUCCAGUCUUUUUCACUGGGAACAAAGUCCCACUGAAGAUAUUACCAGUGGACUGCGAAGAUAAUGGUGAUGAUGACAGUGAUGGUGAUGUUGUUAAUGAUGACAGUGAUGGUGAUGUUGUUAAUGAUGACAGUGAUGGUGAUGUUGUUAAUGAUGACAGUGAUGGUGAUGUUGUUAAUGAUGACAGUGAUGGUAGUGUUGCUCAUACUUUCAGGGACAGUGAUGAUGAAGAUGACAGUCUGGAUUCUGAUGAUGAAUUUUAAAAAAACAAAGUGACCUUAAAAUAAUUUCAGGGUUUUUCUAUGUCCCAUAAAGUGUUGUAAAUGACCAGCAAAUGUGUGAUCUUAUGAGCUUAUUAUGGUGUAGUGAGAACAUUUGAUUACAGGAGAAGAAGAAAAGACAUCCUUAUAGCACUUUGUUCCCACCAAAAUAAGAGUCUGUCUCACCAUAAACAGAGACAGAGGGAUGAACGACAUCACUGGGCUGAGGGUUUUUAUUGGUUUAUCCUGUGUGCUUUCUACUGUAGCAUGUUUUCUCAUUUACAGCAGCUAUAUAAACUAUUGUUGAAGCCAGAUGAGUUAACAAAAAAAAAAAAAGAAAAAGAAAAAUGAUCGUCCUGUAGAGAAUUCAUCCUGUUUUGUAUGGAAUUCAUCUUCAUCCUUCUGAAACCAGCACACAAGCAGAUUUAUUAUAGUUUUGUAUUUUUAUUUUGGUUUUAAUUUUUGUUUUAAUUUCAGUUUAGUCAAAAAUGUUUAUUUUUUUUAGUUGUUGUUUUCUUACUGUGCAUGUUUGUUUCUAGCAGGAUCAAUGCCUGAUUGCUCACUUCUUUAUGAAAACACAUUGUUCUAUGGCACAUCAUAAAAGGCAAUUGUAUUUCUCACUGUUAUAAUUGUUGUAUAUUCCUGCAAAAGUUAAGUUUUUAUUAGAAGUUUUUUUUUUAAAUAAUAAUAUGGGGGGGGGAUUUGUCAGGGGUAAGAUUUAGUACAGCAAAGGUAUCACAAUACAAACACAGUGACUGAUGUUGGCAGUCUCAAUAAACAUUUGCACCGUUGCCUCCUCGUGCUUGUUGAUGUUUACAAAUUUGACCAAAAACCUGAAGACAUUUCUCGUAUGUUUUUAUGUUUUAUUUUCUUAAUAAAAAACAUUGUUUCAAUUAUGA